AUGGCGGACAUAUACAGAGACAGAGUGACAGAUUGUGUCCUUACACGCCUUGGUGACAGUCACAUAACCUUACAGUUCCCAAGAGGCGGGCGUGGUGACGGCUUUAAGCCUUCACCUGGAAUAAGGGAAGGACACGUAUUUUACAAGACGGAGAAAAGAAGAGAGUUUUCGAUCGCCCAAAGCAAUAACUUGAUAUGCCCCGAAGGCUGGUACAAACACCCUAGCGGGAAAUGUUUCCUCGUAAUCAGUGAAUCCGUCCCCUGGGAGGUGGCCAACACCACAUGUUAUCGCAAUGGCGGGAAGCUGGUGGAGCCUGCACCGUACGGACAGAAUAACUACAUCGGAGGACUGGCCGCAACCGCCUCCAUCAGGCAAUUCUGGAUUGGAUAUAACAGACGGGGCUUCGCGCCUGUCACGGGCAGCUCGGUGGAUGGGCAAUGGAGUGACGGAAGGCCGGAAAUGGCCUACUUCGGUCAUUGGGGUUACGGUAACCCGGAUGUGACGGCCGGCGAGUGCGUGUACGCGGAGUGGACGACAUCUCGCACUCUCUGGUACUUCGACCAGUGCUCCCUUCCAAAACCGUAUGCCUGUGAAAUUUCGGCGUGUCCACAAGGCAAUUUCCAGUGUGUUCUGUCAGGUCGCUGCAUUUCUACAGAUGAUGUGUGUAAUGGAGUUGAUAAUUGUGGAGAUGGUUCUGAUGAAGCAAACUGUGGUCAGGACUGUAGCUAUGUAGUGGAGGACACAGGUGUGGACAUAGAGUCUCCCAAAUUCCCUAACCAGUAUGACAACAGCAGAACCUGUCAGUGGACUCUGGUGGGACCGGUGGGAUCCAGGAUAGAACUCAAGUUCUCCAGCUUCAACACAGAGGAAGAUGUGGAUGUGGUGGAGAUUCGUGUGGGGGGCCAAACUUUGUCCACGACCUCACGCUUAGCCCUCCUGUCUGGCAGGAAUGUGGACACAUCACAGACAUUUGUCAGUUCUAACAACCUCAUGAUCAUUCGUUUUAAAACUGACGAGUCUGUUUCUGCUCCAGGUUUUUCGGCCACCUGGUCAACAAGCUUCACCUGUGGUAUGAUGAAGCUGGCUGGCCACAAAGCCUCUAACUUCCCUCGUGGUGUACAGCAGACCCUGUCCCUCGAUACCACUCAGGGGGUGUCUUACUGUGAGUCACUGUGUCUGAACCAGGCCUGUGCACUGUUCACGUACCAGCCUUCCAGCAGACGCUGCACUCUGGCAGACCAACUCACCAUGCCCAUUGAGGACAUCAGUUAUGAUGUAUAUGUCAAGCGGUGCCCCGGCCAGAUUGGGGAUGAGCCUUUGUCUCAGCUACCUAACUCCGGAGGGGCAUUAGUGGCUGUGUCCACGAGUCGUCAAGUCGGCACCCCUUUCUACCCCAUACAGUUACCAGGUGGCCUUUGGGUCAUCUAUACCAUUGAGGCAGAGUCUGAAUUUGUCAUCUCUGUGGAGCUGUUGGACAAUGAUGUAGGUCCCCAGGAUUAUGUGAUGAUCUAUGACGGAGAUUCGGCAAGGGACCCACUGCUCGCUCGGUUUACAGCUGCAUCUCUGAAACAGACAGUUAUCUCCACCUCACGAAUCAUCCUUGUUCACAUUCGCACGGAAACAGUCACCGCAGGAAGAGGAUUUCUCUUAUCCUACAGACAAGGUUGUAACAUGGUGUUGUAUCAAGAGUCUGGAGUCAUUGCAAGCCCAGGUUACAGCAGCCGCCCCUAUCCUAGUCAGACCAUCUGUACCUGGCACAUCAGCAACCCCUUGCCACGCCCACUCAAGAUGCAGUUCAUCAGCCCUUUUGACAUGGAAACUGACAAGGAUUUUGUGCAGGUGUUCCGUGGUGUUAGUGACCGUGGACAGGCUCAGCACCCAGGGCUAGGGUUCACAGGUCAGGUCCUCCCUAGUUCUGCCCUCACCACACAGACAGGACAGCAGGGGCAGUUCUAUGUCAGGAUGAUCACAGGGGCCGUGGGAAACGGGGUCGGCUUCAGUGCCAGGUUCUCCUCAGAUUGUCCCCAGAUAGAUACAGGAUCUAAGAACAUCCAGGUCUCCCCUGCUAAUGGUGGUGCUGGGUUUGGUGUGGUGAUUACAGUGCAGUGCUCUUCUGGCUCAGUGUUCACAGAGGCAAAGUACCGUGGUCAGCCCAGUGUGACCGUCACCUGUCUUCUGGGAGGCACCUGGGACUUGACUCCCUUUCCAGAGUGUGCCCCUGUGUUCUGUGGGCAAAUUCCGGCUGUGACUAAUGGUUUUAUCAUCUUUAAUGGAGGCCUUUACUCUGGGAACAAUGUGAGAUAUCAGUGCGCUCCUGGAUAUAACCUUAUAGGCUCAAGUCUGAUUACCUGCCAGAGUGAUGGUACCUGGAGCUCUCCUCCCAGCUGUACAGCUACAAGUUGUCCUGUCCUGCCUCCCAUCACUAAUGGUCGCUACUUCAUAUUGUACGGCUCUGGCACCACGUUCAGCACCGUGGUGGAGAUCAGGUGUGAGGCUGGGUAUGAAGUGGUGGGACUGGCCCGCCUGGUCUGUGGUCAGGGCAACACCUGGUCAGGCUCUCCUCCCACCUGUCAAAAGAGACUAUGUAACAUCCCUGAGCUGGAGAAUGGUAUUACCCUAAACAGAGAGAGAACGUAUGCAGCAGGGGACUCUGUGCAGGUUCAGUGUAACCCAGGUUACACUGUGAAGGGCCUGAACCCAUACAGGUGUGCUGUUGAUGAUUACCCCACCUGCGAAGACAUUAAUGAGUGUAUCUCUGGGAUAUCUGGCUGUCAGCAAGGCUGUAUUAACAGCCCAGGUGGCUUUGAGUGUACAUGUUAUUCUGGCUACAGGAAGAACGUGAACCAAACCAAUGUUUGUCUGAACAUCAAUGAGUGUGACGAGGGCUACUGUCACCAGGGUUGUGUGGACUUAACAGGAGGUUACAGCUGUCAGUGUGACAGAGGCUAUGAGUUAUACCGGUCAUUUGGUCAGCACGGACGCUAUCUGCUGGGGGAAGACGGCACAGAAGUCUGGCAUCUUUUCUCCAUUAACCACACCUGUAUACGUUUGCCAUGUCCAACACGUCCCCUUACCCUAGUCAAUGGCCGUGUUCUGUCCUCACAAACAACCUUCGUGUAUGAGGACACCAUUCAGUACCUGUGUAAUUUAGGUUAUAAGAUGAAUGGCUCACCUGUCUCCACCUGUCAGUCUAACGGAGCCUGGGACUUAGCUGUACCCACCUGUACAGCAAUCACAUGUCCCCCAGCGGAGCUGCCCUUGGACAAUCCAGCAACCCCUUCCAAACUGGGCAGCGCAGUUCACAGAGAGACUAUUCAGUACACAUGUACUCUACCUAAUGGGGUACAGGAGGUUCGUAAGAGGCAGUGUUUGUACAACAAGGAGACGGACAGUUACCAGCUCAUCGGGGACAGCCUCACCUGCCCAGUAGUAAACUGUGGUCCCCCGAUGCAGAUCAGUGGCUCCCUGCCCUACACACUUACCUCAACCAUCUUCCCUGCCCAGUUCACCUUUAACUGCCGUGGUCCCCUGUGGGUGGUCAAGGGCUCUAGUUCCCGGCAGGACAACAUCAUUCGCUGUGAUUCUGAUGGGAAGUGGGACUACGGAAGCCUGAGCUGCGAUGUUGGGACAGCCAGAAGAGGACCCACCUGUCUGGACCCUGGUCGGCCAUUGGAUGGACUUCAGGUGACCACAUCGUAUGAGGAGUACAGCCUGGUACACUGGAACUGUCUGAGGCCUGGCUAUCAGCCUGACCCACCUACCCCUAUCAUGUGUAUAUACAAUGCCAGUGCCUCGCCCGUGCCCCUCUCCUGGAACGGCUCUGUGCCCGUCUGUGUUGAUGUGGAGAGGCCUGUGUUUACUAAUUGCCCCACAGAAGUGAUCCUGACUCAGGUGCACAAAUCCCCAGGCUUCCCGGUUCCUGUGGCACAGGACAACUCUGGAGCUAUUGCCAGCACCCGCACAAGCCCUACCAACUUCAGCCCCUUCAUUCCUGUCUCCACAGACCUGGAGGUCACAUACUUUGCCACGGACCAUGCCUCCAACACUGCCACCUGUAUCAUUAACAUCAAAAUUCAAGAUGAACGGCCCCCUCAGAUCAGUGGCCCCAGCUCAGUCCAUGUGGAGAUCACCUCCCCCACAGAGGUUGUCACUGUCAAUCCGUCAUCACUUGGCUGGACUGUCACCGGUGAGGAGUAUCCUACCAGUCUCUACUUUGAUCCUCCCUAUAUGAACCUGACCAAGGAUGACAUUGACCGUAUCCACUACAUCACCGGCACUGCGGAGGAUAGGACAGGUAACACGGCCACCAGUCGCAUACAGGUGGCUGUCACAGGUACAAAGUGUAGACCCUGGUCUCUAGUGGUGCGUAAGGGGAGGGCCUUCUGCCUGCCUAAGAGUGCCCCCCAGGUGGGCUACGUCUGUGAUAUCAGGUGUGAUCCCGGCUAUGGUUUCUAUGAGAACAUCAACAUUGAGGAGCUGAGGAUGGAGUGUGAUGAUGGUCAGGAUUGGAGCAGGAAGGUCCCUGAGUGUGUUGCUAUGCACUACCCAACAUACCGACAAGAGUUCCAGCUACAUUACCCCAAGCCCUCGACCCUCACUAGCCAGGGCUGUAAUAAUGUGUACAGCCAGCAAUUGACCACAGGGGUCAGUCUUCUCAUGGACAUCUUUACUAAGACUGUAUGUAAGGAUGUUAAGCCCGCUGUGACGGUCAGUCUGGUGACGAGUGGUCUGAAUGUCACUGUGGCAUCCACGAACACAGGAGGGGAAGAGGUACGUGUGAGACUGAGUCUGGAGAUAGGCCCUAGGCGCUAUGAUAACCGUCCAUACACCACCUGUGCUGCCUACAUAUUCAGAGCUUUUAACCAGCCCCAACUCCAGUACCUGACCAACAUCACACCCCUCAACCCCAACCAGCAGAAUGGCUGCCCCACCCUACAGAUGCAGUUUGAUGGCAUGGCAUAUAACGACUUUGAGUGUGUUGGCCAUGAGGAAUUCAGACAACGAACAGAUUACCCCAGGACUUACUGCUUGGAGUGCCCGCUUGGCUACUACACAGAGGAUCGUCGAGUGUGUGUCCCAUGUAAGGCAAACACAUACCGGGAAACCCUGGGUGCUGAUUAUUGCCCAGCUUGUCCUGCAGGGUCACGCUCCACCACCGUGGGGGCCCGAUCCAUUGAUGAGUGCAGCAGAAGGUGUCCUGAGGGAAUGGUGUCCCCACUGGGUGUGGCCCCGUGUAAUGAAUGCCCUAUCAACACCUACUCCCUCAACACCACAUUCUGUGCAUUGUGCCCCUCGGGUACCUUCACCAGAGGACCUGGCAAGGGAAGCAGAAGCGACUGCAUACAACAAUGUGCCCCUGGGUCAUACUCGGUGGAUGGCCUUCAGCCCUGCACUCAGUGCCUCCUGAACACCUACCAGUCCAGCCCCAAACAGACCAAGUGUAUCGCAUGUCCUGACACCCAACACACUUCUCGUACUGGAUCUACCACUCUUACAGCCUGUGUCAACUCAUACCAGAAGCUGUGCCUCAGCCCUAACCCGUGUGUGAGAGGGAUUUGCCGUGUGGCUUACUAUGACUACUAUUGUACAAACUGCCCCUCAGGCUACACUGGUCGUCGAUGUGAGGAAUUUAUCAACCCCUGUGCAACCAGCCCAUGCCACAAUGGAGGCACUUGUAUCCUGUCCCUGUUGACAUUCCGCUGUGACUGUCCACCUGGAUCAUCAGGGGAUCUGUGUGAGUUUCAAAGAGAUGACUGUGUGGGACAUCAGUGUAGGAACGGAGGGGUGUGUCAAGAUGCCCUGAACAGCUACAACUGUCUGUGUCCAUCUUACAGCGGCUACUCUGGUACCAGAUGUACCAGCCUGAGGCAGCCGUGUAAUGUGUUCCCAUGUUUAGCAGGCACCUGUACACCCUAUGACAACAUCCGCAGGAAGUGUUUCUGCUCUGCUGGAUUCACAGGAGAUUCUUGCUCUGUCAAUAUAGAUGAGUGUGCCUCAGCGCCCUGUCUCCAUGGAGGAACCUGCAUAGACGACACGGAUACCUUUCGCUGUGACUGUCCCUCUGGAUACACUGGUAAAUUCUGUGAGAUCCGCGACAAUGUCUGUGCAGUAUCCGUGUGUGGAGCUAAUGGAGAUUGUGUGGAUAACUAUGUGGAUGGAGUCACUCAGUGCAUCUGCAAUGAGAACUACCAGGAAAGUAAUGGUGUGUGUACUGUCGUAAACCAGUGUGACAACAGCCCCUGUCAGAAUGGUGGUACGUGCUCAGAUUUUAUUGGAGGCUACACCUGUGGAUGUCCUGUGGGGUUUACCGGACAUGUUUGCCAGCACAAUAUCGAUGACUGCAUCAGCAGCCCUUGUCUGCACGACGGCAUCUGCAUUGACAAGGUCAAUGGCUAUGAGUGUCUCUGUACCAAACCAGACACCGGACGUACAAACUGUGAAGACACCAAAGACAACUGCUCUCCCUUCCCGUGUGACCCCAACCACAGUCCCUCCUGUACAGACCUGUAUGAUGACUACAAGUGUAUCUGUGAGGCUGGCUGGACGGGAAAGAACUGCAGCGAGAGAGUUGAGGAUUUGUGUGCUAAGUCCCCAUGCCAGCACAACUCUGUGUGUAGAAACACAGCUGUGGGGUCGUACAGCUGUGACUGUCAGGUGGGGUGGACGGGCAGGAACUGUGAGAGUCCUGUAGACUUGUGCGUAAACAGCCAGUGUCAGAACAACGCUGUCUGUGUCAACACCAUUGUCGGCUUCUAUUGCAGAUGUCCACUUGGUUUCCGUGGUGACCGAUGUGAGACUCGGUAUGAUGUAUGCUCAGUAGCCAAUCAUUGUGUGGGGACAGGCAGUCAGUGUCAGGUGAUCAACGGUUUGGCCAAGUGUUCCUGUGCACAGGGUCAGUCAGGUGAUGGUUGUGAGCUGCAGGAACAGGUGUGUAAACCCAGCACCUGUCUGAAUGGAGCCACUUGCUAUGAAGUAGCUGGCAGGUUUACCUGUGGCUGUGUUCCAGGUUACACGGGAAGUCGCUGUGAGAGUGAUUUUGACGAGUGUGCUACUAUCAGCUGCCCAGUCGGACACUUCUGUGUGGAUGGAUUGAACACCUACCAAUGUCUCUGUCCAGACGGCAAAUAUGGAGAAGGCUGUAACAAAGAUAUCCCCUACACUGGAGACCUGGUGUUUGUACCGCACCUGCCCACCUCUGGUGAGACUGUGGAUAGCGGUGACCCACUGGUUCUCAACUCCACAGGCCUGACUGUCUCCUUCUGGGUGAGGUUCACUGGUCAGGGCCGCUUCACUCCAGGCACUAUCCUCACACUCUAUGGAUUAAACACCCCUGACAUCACUGGCCCUAAGACAGAGUUGUUACAGCUGGAUGGAGGGAAGGCUCGUGUCAGUUUCUCAGGUGAUGACCGACUCCUCCCUAACUCCCCGCAGAACAUCGCUGAUGGCUUCUGGCAUCAUGUAGCCCUGACAUGGGAUGGCAACUCCGGAAAUGUCAGGCUGUUCAUAGACAAGUACCCCGUGAACACAGUCUCGCCCUAUGGAAGGGGGAGGCGGCUUCCUCAGUAUGGUUGGAUAGUACUGGGUGGUCAGUUUGACCCGGACACUCAAACACUACGUCCCACUGGUCAGUUUGAGGGGAAACUGAGUCGUGUGGAGGUCAUCCCCCGUGCCCUCACCUACCCGGCAGAAAUCACUAGGCUUGCUGACCAGACCCCACCUACCUCCAACAGCCUUGUGGGUUUCUCUGACGGGCUGUUGACAGACCCGGAUGCCUCGCUGGAUUAUCAGGGAGAGCUCACUAGGAAUAUCUGUAGGCCAGGACUGGAGUGCGUCUCCAAUACAAAUGAUUCUUCUGCUGUGAAGUUGGUGAGCUGCCCAGGAAACCAGGUGGUUGUUGGUCAGAACCGUGUGGGCGGAUUAACCUGGACACCUCCUGUUUUUAGCAACAGCUAUAAUGUCACAUCCACAUAUGACUUAGGGGAUGAUUUUGUGUGGGGGACACACUAUGUAACUUACAUAGCCACAGACCAGCAUGGAGAAGCAGCCACGUGUACUGUCAGACUUCUCUACAGGAGAAACACAUGUGAAGAGACAGAGCCAGACAGCACGUCAGGUGGGCGUGUUACCUGUACUGACAUACCCCAGGGGCGCCUGUGCCGGGUUUCAUGUACAGUCUACAAGGAGGGCCUGUCCCAGGAAUCCCCCCAAUUUUACACCUGUAAUGUAUACACCAUGUGGGGCUCUGAUGAGAAACUGGUGCCCUUCCAGCUCCCAGCUUGUGCCAAAUCUGGGGACCGUCUGGUUAAUGCACUUGUCCGUGUGGAGUACAGCUUUAGCCGUGACUGUACCAGUGUGGAGGCUAGUCUGAGGGCUAACCUACGUGGAGCCUUCUCUGCUAUCAACUCAGACUGGGGCUUCGGGCUCUGUAACUCAGCCAGCUGUGAUGCUGUCCCCAUAAACAUCAACUGUACAGGCCAGUACAUGGAGGUCACCUUCAACGCCAUCAGAGAUCCCCUGACUUCAACCAGCUCCAGCAGUGUGCUCAAAAGCCCUGAUGUCAUCCUCAGGGAACAGAUCAUUGAUCAAGAUAAAAUCCACUUUGAGUCCAGCUCUGGGGCAUCUCCUGUUGAACAGACUUUAGAGGUGAUCUUAGUCCCGUACUGUCCCCCAGGCACACAGUUGAUUGGGGACACUUCCUGUGUGGAAUGUGGUGCUGGCACAUACUACAACAACAACACUGGCCACUGCCAGGCCUGUGACAAGGGUUUCUAUCAGGAGUUGUCUGCCCAGUUUUCCUGUGUCAGAUGUGGCCCAGGCACAACCACCCCUGACACGGGAACUCAGUCUAAAUCACAGUGCUAUGAAAGCUGUCCUCCUGGGGAAUACUACAGCCUGUCCCAGGAAAGCUGUAUGAGCUGCCCACUAGGAAACUACCAGAAUGGGUCAGGGCUCUUCUACUGUAUACCCUGUCCUCUGGGAAGAACCACCAUAAAUGUCAAGUCCACAUCUAGUGCGCAGUGUAUAGAUGAAAAUUUAAUAUUUGAGUCUACAACUCUUCCACUGUUCACUGUGGCACCACCCUCAACUGGAGAGAGCACAACGGGAUCAGGCUUGUCAGAUGGGGUUAUUGCUGCUAUUGUUCUAGCCAUCCUCAUCCUCCUCUUAUUGCUGAUCCUCUUAUUGCUUUGCUGCUGUAGGGACAGACUAGCUGCAUGCUUCCCAUGCUGUGCCACAGCUAGUAAGGUCAAACCAGAGCAAGGUGACAAGUGGCGCUAUGUCAGCAGAUAUGGUGCCAGCAAUGACAAGUUUGUAAACUACCGUCUGAGUGAUGUAAGAGAAAAGGGUAAAGUGUCUGGAGGGUUGCCGCAGACGCGCUGGACAUUCCAGGAAGACAAGGCAGCGCUGAUGAGGGACAUUGCCAGUGAGGGCUCCCAGACCCCUCCCCAGGUGGCCAGCUCAGUCGCACCGGUGUCUGCCUCUCCCACCAUCCUGCCAGCUCUACAGAUGUCCAGUGUGACUGACGAGUAAGUGUCACUUCAAGAGUUACUUCCUGCCAAUUAAUUAUGUACAGGCAUGAAUAGAGCAAAAAAUUCCACACUAAAAGUCUUUGACAUCCUCCUGUCAGACUUGACUAAAAGCAA